UCUCAGAACCCUCUGGCCCCUCAGCAGUCCGCCUUCAGACAGCAAUAGCUGCUCCAUCAUUUUCUGGCAUCAAAGACGCCUUUGAAACGUCAAUGGAAUUGACCUCCUCCUUAGAAAAUGAGCCAAAAUACUUGGGCAGAUCUAAUUCAAUGGGGCCUGAUUUGCAAUCUAUGAAAACACAUUUGAUUUCCCACUGAGAAAACAAAUAUUCUAUGUUCUUCCCACACAUUGCCCUGUCUCCCUUUCCCUCCUUCUCAGACUUAAUCACCAACCUCAAGUGUUUCUAACUUUCCAUCCAACAGCUUCCAGCGCCAGAUAACAUCUAGAAAAGACAGAGGGGCCCAGCCUCAGCUCUCCCAAUGUGCCAAGUGGAGUUUGAGAUGGCCUGCGCUGCCAUCAAGCAGUUGAAGGGGCCAGUGAGUGAUAAGGAGAAAUUGCUGGUAUACAGCUUCUACAAACAAGCCACUCAGGGCGACUGCAACAUCCCUGCCCCUCCAGCCACUGAUGUGAGAGCCAAGGCCAAGUGGGAGGCAUGGAAUGGGAACAAAGGGAUGUCCAAGAUGGACGCCAUGAGGCUCUAUGUUGCCAAAGUGGAAGAACUGAAGAAAAACGAAGAUGGUUAGGGAGGACAGAGUGUCACACAGAAUGAAGUAGCAUGGUUCCUCUGGUAGGGAAUGGGGCUUCUUAAAAGACCUUGCUGGGGAAAAUGUCCUGAAACCCUAACAACCAGAGCUGAGACAUCAAUAAAUCACUUAAACUGCA